AGGUUUUCUCUGGAAAUUCAGAUGUCUUUUCAUACGUAACAAACACAUUCAAUCGUGACGUUCAAGCUCGAUCAAUUCGGAUUAACCCUACGUCCUGGCACGGUCAUAUUUCAAUGAGAGCAUCAGUGAUUGGACGACGGAAAGGAAAGUUGGGUUCUCCAGUGUUCACCAAUCAAGAAGCCCCUACGUAUAUCACUGUCUACAAGAACCAAGAUGUUACAUUAAAGUGUGAAGCAGUAGGUGACACACCCAUCACUAUCACAUGGACACAUAAAGGUCAGGUCCUUCAGAGUAAAACAAGCGAUACACAUCUCAACCUGACUAAUGUGAAUACGGCUCAUGAGGGAUUCUACAAGUGCAGCGCUACCAACACACGAGGAGCGAACAACAAGAACAUUUACCUCCAUGUUAAGGAUUCAUUUGAUAUCUGCAGCAAUUAUCAUUCUCUCAACGACAACACAAGGAUGACAACCAGUUCUGUACCAUACGUCAAUGAUGACAGCAACCUCAAUGAGACCAUGUGGUACGUCUUCAAGAGUACUAAAGGGUUCUCUCGUAUACCGUCAACCUGUGUGGCCCAGAAUCACUGUGGAGCUACAGCCCCAGGUUAUAUGCAAGGAGCUUUACCUACAGUCAGUGAGGGUAUUGUYAAAAGAAAGGUUUGCUUUCAUAAUAACGGAGACUGUUGUCAGUACAGCGUGGAUAUCUAUGUGCGCAACUGCUACAUGUUCUAUGUCUACAAACUGAAGAAGUUGGAUUCAUCUUGGAAGGCAAGAUACUGRAUUGAAGUCGGUAUCAAUGAAAAUCCCAGCAAAAUGUUUUAUUCGUCAGAACAGUCAAAGGCUCUUAAACAUCACGUGUCUCAUCGACUGUAUCAAGUACCCAAUCAAUAUCAUUGUAUGACAUACUGUAAUCUUGGUAUCGGCUGUGUAUCUUUCAACUACAAUCAAGCACUAAUGACAUGUGAGCUGAACAAUGCAACAGGGGAUAUGUUUGCUCAUCAAUUGGCAUUUAAAAAACAUUAUCGACAUUACGUAUUGCUAACGUGAGAUGAGUAGGUCUCAAGGAAAAUAGCAAGAAAAUGUUAAUGAUAAUGCAUGAUCAUUAGUUAAAUUUCUUUGUGUUUUUCUUAUGACAAGGUUUUUCUUGAAAUUGAUUCAUUCGAGAAAUUUGGCCCCUUGCCCCUAGUCGUUUUGUUUGGUAUCUGCCAAUUGUUUCAUGCAAUUCAAAACGCUCUUUUAUGAAGAAACUUUUAAUAAUAAAAAUCCAAUAAAUGGUUGCUAAUGA